AUAGUGAAUUCCAGGAAAACAAAAGACCAUGAUUUGUGUGAUGAUUUAUGUUUCCAUUAUUCUUUGUUUUAAGAUCAAAAUGUCAACCCGUUUUUCCCCUUACUAGCUAGCUUCUUCUUCUCCUUUCUUUUGUUGUUUUUUAGCACCUCAUCGACCACCUCUUCUCAAAUAUUAUUCCUUGUUUACUUCUUAAUGUACGCAGAAUUCAGCCAGGUUUCUCUUCUUAGCAUAUCGAAUUCAGAGCUGAUCCUUGUUAAAGACGAAACAAAAAUGAUCGAGUUCGAUAUCCUGAAACGACCCCCAUUGGGGUUUCAAGGGGAGUGCUCUUGUGAAGCUACAGGUAUUUAUAAUUCUUCGAAUGAUCGUGAUCGAGAACGACGAGUACCGGAAGAAGAUUAUGAAGAGAAAAAAGGAGAAGAAAGCAACGUCAAAGAAGCAGCUUCCAUGGAAAACAAAAAUAUAUGUUUAGGAGAAUUCAAGGCAAUGAUUGAUGAUGAUGAUGGAUUCAAGACUCCCACGUCUUUGGAUCACAGAAUCCCAGAGAUGAAACAAUGCCCACCUGCACCAAGAAAACCAAAGGCGAAUAAAAGAGGAGCAUCGGAAAGUAUUAGUACUGCUGCAACUUCAAGCACAAGCAGGAAUCUGCAACUCGAUCUUUCCCAAGUGGUGGAUUCCUGGUUUCCUUCCUCACUUGUUGAUGAUUUACACCGCAAGGUCAAGAAAGCUCGAACACAAGAGAAUUGAAGUUAAUUAGUUUAGCAGUAAUAAAAUAUUAGGUAAAGAUUUUUUUUUCA